CUCCCUCUCCUCCCUCCGGGCUCGGCUCCGGGCUCUGCAGCGUUGCGGCUGUGCGGCUGUGACGGCUCCCGGCGCCUCCCACGGGUGAGCUGCAGCCCGGACGUCAGUCGGUGGGGACCAGACCUCCUCCGCAGAGGAGCAGUCAUGGAUGGGAAGAAAUGCAGCGUGUGGAUGUUUUUACCCCUUGUUUUUACCCUGUUCACUUCAGCUGGACUAUGGAUAGUAUACUUCAUAGCUGUGGAAGAUAACAAAAUUUUCUCUUUAAAUGCACCUGAAAGGAAACCUGGUCAGAAACAUGCACCCUAUAUAAGUAUUGCAGGUGAUGAACCUCCUGCAAGUUGUGUGUUCAGUCAGGUGAUGAACAUGGCAGCAUUUCUUGCCCUUGUGGUAGCAAUUCUACGCUUCAUACAAUUGAAACCCAAAGUUUUAAACCCGUGGCUAAACGUGAGUGGCUUGGUGGCCCUGUGUCUGGCUUCCUUUGGAAUGACAUUACUCGGUAAUUUUCAGCUCACCAACGAUGAAGAAAUCCAUAAUGUAGGCACCUCCCUAACUUUUGGAUUUGGUACAUUGGCUUGUUGGAUCCAGGCUGCUCUGACACUCAAAGUCAACAUCAAGAACGAGGGUCGGAAGACCGGGAUUCCCAGAGUGAUUCUAGCAGCAUCUAUCACUCUCUGUGUGGUCCUCUAUUUUAUUCUCAUGGCCCAAGAAAUCCACAUGCACGCGGCCCGGAUUCAAUGGGGCCUCGUGAUGUGCUUCUUGUGUUACUUUGGCACUUUUGCCGUGGAGUUUCGGCAUUACCGUUAUGAGAUCGUCUGCUCCGAGUACCAGGAGAAUUUCCUGAGUUUCUCUGAAAGCCUAUCAGAAGCAUCUGAGUAUCAAACCGACCAAGUGUAAUUUGACUUACUUUGACCUCGUUGGUGACAGUGGGGGAGAGGGUUAGGGACUGACACAGGAAAAGAAUGUCACAUAUGACUUCAUGACACCCAACACACACACGCACAGUUCACAGUCACUAUCACUAAAGGGGCCUCUUUUCAGGGUGGAUUGUUUCUUUAAAGGGGAAAAAUAAAAGCACAAACCCCUGUAUGAAGGAUUGGAAGCUCUUGCAUCUUUAAUACACACAACAGACCAAGAAGCUUUUGCAAGACCGUGUAUCUUGCCCACCUCGUCUGUCCCAUUUUCCCAGCCCUCCCCACUCCCCUGCCCUCCUUGCCUAAUGGCUUCACCAUUCACACCCUUUACUGUUAAGUAGAGUCAGUCAAAAGAAGAAUGUCGAAGGCACCAACUCCCUAAGUCUUGCUUCCGGUCUAAGGAGGAUCGGAAAAUGAGCCACUGAAAAUCUUCAGAGUUCAGACCCAGACGAUCUUCAUAAUGGAUGAUCAAGUAACACUUGUCUGGAUGGAAAUUAUCCAAAAAGAAUGCCUAGGCAUGGGGGGUUGGGGGAGGUUGGGGAGGGAAUUCCCAAGCACUGAGCCUGUAUCUCAGCCAACACUCACUUCAUUGUGACUUAAAGAUGGGGCCAUGUGUGUUCCGAUAAUUUUAGAGAGCAAAUCUGCUAAGAUGGAUUACAGAGCUACCAUUCAUAUAAAACGAGAUGAAGAUGUGGUUUUGUUUUUAAAUGUUCUUCCUUUUGUCUAUCCUAGACGAUAUCUUUUGUUUGCUUCUCUGCAUCCUUAAAAUUGCCUUUUUGUAUCACUUUGGAUCCCACGGACAGAAAAAGAUUUUAAUAUAAAGAUGUCUGCCUUGUAUUGGACCUAACCAUAAUGAGGUCAGAUUAUUAUCCCCUGAAGGCUUAAUUUACGGGGGGUGGGGGUUUGUUUCCAUUAGAGAAAGCUAAGAUGACACAUAGGAAAAGAUGAGUGAGAGAGAAGGACCCAAAAGAGCUGGAGGCUGUCUCAGAUGAGCCAUUUAUGAAAAGGCAAGCAUUAGGUUAUCUUAGAGCAAGACUGAAAGCAAGAGAGUUCCACUCUUUCAAAGAGGCCCAUGAAAUGCUCAGACUUUGUUUUUCAUUCUUCUUUGGUGCCCCAGCAUUCCAAGGAAUCAUGGCUCCUGGAGCGGCUGGGGAUGGAAGCAGCCACAACUCAAACAUAUCAUCCAUCUGUGCCUGCGCUUUGUUCUAGAGAACCCCCUGAUUGGCUCACAGGAACUGUGGCGAUUUCACAGAAUUACACUUUUAAAAACCACUGUUUUGGAUCCAAUGAAGGAAAAUCAGCAAAAAUCAUUAAAAAAAAAAACAAACCAACGAACGAGAUUUUUAAAGUAUCGUUGAACUGUCUCCCAUAUGAAGUGCAGGAAUAAAGGUAAUUGUGAAUGGGAUGAAAAAAAAACCUGAAAAGUGAAUUUGGCUAGAAGUCAGCAAGCAUAUGCAGGAAAAAUUUCAAGCAAAAAAUAAUCUUAAUUAAAAGGGCAUCUACUUGUAAAUAGUCCAAGCCAAGGUGACAUUUAUUCUUUUUAAAAAGAAAAAAAACUACUUUUGUUUUUAUCAUUUUUUUAUAUUGUAAAAUUUUAUCAAAGAAAAACAUGAAGGUUUGUGACGAUUUCUUUUACUUUCCACAAGUAAAAAUCAAGCUGCUGACUUUGGGUGGUGGGAUAUUGUUCUAUGCUUGUGAGUGUGUGUCUAAUGGUGCCCUCUGGCAAAGCUAAGCAAUUACCAGUAUCACACACAGGGUCAGGACCACUAAAUAAAGUGCUUUUAUGACAAAA